CGGGCACUGCCAAGCUCCCUGUCAGCAGCGCCUCAGGGGAGCAGGAAGGGCCACUGCCCAUGAAAGGACCUGGGCUCUGUCACCUUCGCAGGCUCCUUCCCUUGCAGCCCUCAGGGCCCCCUGCCCCAGGGUGCUGGUGUGUGUUACUGGGAACCCGGAAGACUGCAUGAGGGCAGCAGGCAAAGGGGUUAAAUUUCUCAAUAUGCUGCACUUUGCGCUUGGCCUCCUGAUAUCCACCAAUGAGUUUCGCAGCUCUCAUGGCCAUUUGUCUCAGCUCUGAGAAAGGACUAGGGUGCCUCCUCCUCACUGCUUGUUUUGGAAAAUCUAGUAAAAAGUUAACUAGGGUACGGGGAAAAGCUUGCAGCUUCAAUGCUUGGGGAGCUUGGAGGCUGCAAAGAUGCAGCCUGUAGUACGAUGGUAAUGUGUUAGUUGAAAGGCUAAAAUCCUUCAGGCAUUUUAUCUUUCUCUUCCCCUUUACAUGCUGCAAGAGGAUAGGGAACGCUUGGGAUUUCCUCAGGCCUCCAAGCAGUGUCUUGCAGAAUGUAAUCAAAUCAAGAUUACAGGGCUGCUGAGAGGCUCCUCUGACCCUUUUUGGCUAAAUAGGCAGUGCUGCAGCCAUUUCCUUCCUUUCCUUAGUUAAAUGAGAGCAUGGUUCUUCCUUUGUCAGCAACAGGAGCAGUAGCUGCUGUUGGAAUCAGCUUAUCUCCUGCUCUUGUGCUCCCUGAUGCACCCAGGUUUGUGGGCUGAGGAUGAAUGCUGGGCUCCACAAAGCUGCAGUGGAUGUUCAACUCCACUGCCAGAGGGUGCUUUCUCCUUUCCAGUAUGUUUUUUAAAAAGAGCCCUGCAGGGUUCUUUACUUUUGGUCUCUGGAUCAUCUGGGCAAACGUACAACUGCUGUUUAUCUAGGCUAAAUAUGCUACCACUAGCUCAUUAAAACAAGACUGUCUGGAGGAAAGGCUGGCAUAGAUAAGAAACAGUUGAGCUGUUUUUGUGAUGAAAGUAUAGCUUAUUUCUCUCUGCUUCGUGUUGCUAAUGCUUUUGGGAGGAUUGCUAGGAGCUGAUGUAGAAGUUUCUGAUUGCUAGGAGCCUGGGAAAAGUAGUUCAACUGUGAUUUUGGUGUUUAAAAAUAGUCAAUUGGGCACUGUUGGAUUUUAGUCAGGCUAAUAUUAAUAACUGAGUGGGAAUACUAAGGCCUUCGUGUUCAGAUGAGUUCACUGUUGGACACAGAUGAAUAAUGACUGUAUGAGAACUUUGGAAUUCUACUUCUGGGCUGUACUGUCAUCUCAAAACGUUCAAGUGCUUUGAGUUAGCAUCCCCCCUUACAAAACGCCAUGAGAUGAAGGUCCUGGCGUGUUUAUCGGGUGGUAUUCUUGGACUUUUUCCUGCAACCAGAGUGGCUGGAAACUUCCAUGUUUAAAAGCAUGAGUUACAUGGAGUAACUUGACUUUUAAAAGCAACUUAAGAGCUGUGCAUUAAGAAAUUUACCAAAUUAUAUAUUUGUGAUCUAUCAUAAACACUAAUAGUGCUGCUCUUGGAGGUUGGUUAAUAGAGACAAUUUUCUUAAAGCAUUUUUGUGUUGGACACUUAGAAUUCUUCCUUCAACCAUGGGUGAAAAACUUUCACAGUUCUGGAAAGCAUCUGAUCAAAAAGAGAGUGAGGGCAAACUGAUCUUACCCAGGCAAAAGGAUGCGGAAGAUGAAAUAGCCAGUUAUGCUAGUAUCAACGGAGGAGAUCCCGCUAUGUCCUGUGUGCCCUUUGUGGGCAUUGCAAGUCGAAGCUGUGUCAACUGUCCAACGUGUCAGGGAACAGGAAGGAUCCCCAGGGAGCAAGAGAAGCAGCUGGUGGCUCUGAUUCCAUAUGGUGACCAGAGGCUGAAACCUAGACGAACGAAACUGUAUGUAUGUCUUGCUGUGACAAUCUGCCUGCUGAUGACGUCUCUCAGUAUCUUCUUCCUGUUUCCUCGCUCCAUUACUGUGCAGCCUGCAGGGCUGAAUGCCUCCUCCAUUGGCUUUGAUGCCACCACCACCAGUAUAUAUCUCAACAUGACGAACAUGCUGAACAUAACUAAUAACAACUUCUACCUGGUCACUGUUGUGCAGCUGGACAUAGAGGUUUUACACCAGUCCCUGGUAAUAGGGAAGACCACCAUGAAUACGCUGCUGAAUAUCAGUCCUUUACAGAGUGGCCAGAUCUAUUAUAUGGUGGCCAGUAGGAUACUAGACAGCAAUACCUUUAACAUCUGCACCUGGACUAAAAUCAAAGUCCACAAUGUUCUGCUGCAUAUACAAGGCACCCUGACCUGCACAUACCUGUGCCACUCAGAGCAGCUGGCUUUUGAAAACUACCAGUACGUGGACUGCCGUGGGAAUGCCACACUACCUCGCCCAUUGAACCACCACUUGCUGUGACAGGGCCAGGCUUGCAGAGCUUUUGGAUGCUGUGUGCUCCAUCACAAAGGCAAGUCAUAGGGAGACAAAAUUCUGGGGCUUCUUUUCAAUUCAUGACUUAGACAGGGAGACUUCAUUCCUGGGAUGAGACUUCAUCUUCUGUGCAGAGAUGGUAACAUGCUCGGCCUUGUGAAUGUGGAGUAUACUGCCCUCAGAUUUGCUGCUUGCUUUCUUCGGUGCCUUAUCAUGACUGACCCUUCAACAGAGUGACCAGUGCAUGGGCUGUCUGCGCUGGCUCAUCAGAGUGGGCUGCACUCGUGAUCUCUACAGAGUUUUACUGUUACAUGAGAGCCAGUGCCCUGUUAAUCAGACUAACUCCAGUUGUUUCCUCCUUUUAUAAUUUUGUACUUCUGUCCUGAAUGUAAGUAUCUCAUAACUCACAAAAGGAGGACUGUGAUGAGACUUUUUGACUGGAUUGCAUCUCCAUCACUACUGUCCACUGCCAUUUGCACAACCUGCUCUGUGAAACAGGAUCUGUGUAUCUCUGGCUUUUAAAUAAUCAACUACAUGUCAUGCCCAAACACCCUGUGAGCGUGACUUUUGGGUGGCCACUGUGUUCAGCUGUCCGGUGUAGGAAGCAAGAAUGCACUGUCAUGAUAUUAUAUAUGUAUUUUUAAAAGAAGCUCAUUUACUGGCUCUUAUUUUUUUAAGAGGAUCCCUUUCAGCCAGGAGAAAAUGCAUUUUGUAGCACGGCACAGAAAGAUUGCUGCUUUCCUGCUGGUCGGGAGAGGAAGGCUGUUGGUGUUUGGCCACCACAUGCUGUUUCCUUGCGUGCUCUGGCAUUUAAUGCUUUCAGUUUGAACAAGCAUGAGAGUUCAUCUCUGACAGUAAAAGCUCAGUCUGCACAAGUGUCAGGAAAUAGCUGGGGUUUUUUUGUCUAAAGCUAUAAAACAACCCAACAAACUUUAUGGGAGGAAUAGCCCUGGCAGCCGUCUCUCCUCCCAGUGCUGGGCAUGUGGCAACUAUAUCCUCCAUAUGAUGGAUGGAUGGGUUAUAACUCAUGCCUGGGUUUCUAGUUUAGCUAGUGCCUGAUGCAUUCUAGGUGGUGAGAUAGGAGCCUGGGAGUUACUGGACUGAAAAUUCCCUCUCAAAAGCAGGUCAUCAUUUUCCUGUACCCUUCUCACUGAAGGAGAGAACCAGUACAUUAGAAUAGUUGGAAAGAAACCUCUGAUCCUCACUUCAAAAUAUGUUUCCCAAACCAGCACCUCUUACAGAGCUGGAGCAGGGUGUUGCUUCUCAAUAUAUCAUCUGUUGAGAUCAUGCUGAAAUGGUAACUAAUCAACUAACUCCCUCAAGGAGGGAUGAGGAAGCUCCAUGUGCCAUUCUGAAAUCCUCUCUGCUCUUGUCACAUCUUUGCAAUAGGUUUUGUAUCUGCCAUACUGUUGAUUCUACCACAUGUUCCCUACUGCUGCUGUUGAGUUUCCAGCUGUGCUUCUGCAGCACUGCUGUUAUGCACUUGCACCAUGUCCUUCCUUCUGUUCACAAAUAAAAGACAUCGUACAACCAGAAAGGGAUGAUUUGUCUUUGUACAGCAGAUCCUCACCCUUGCUGCUGUACAGCUCCAGGGAUACCAGCUGACAAACAAGCUGCUUUACAUGGGCAUGAAGGGAGACGGUGGGACACUCUGUGGAAUGAAGGCUUUAUGAAUGGUGCGGAGCUGAGACUAGUGGAAUGGCCAUUUCUUGGGACAUAGUUGAUGAGGGAGCGAGAGGCAGGACAUAACAGAACCAGAGCAAGCAAGGACUGGGGAUAGUACUUGCUGCUUAAGAGAGACUGUUGCUCUGGAACAGUGCGGUGUUUAUUUGGCAUUAGCUGUUACUGCCUAAAUUGGUGAAAUCAUCCACUGAUUCUGUAUACUUGUGGUGUUGGAUUCACUGUGCUUGUCUGGCAUUCAGGGUGGAAUUCUUGGGAGUUGCUCCUGGCCUGCUGGCUAGUUGGCCAUCACCAUUGUUGCAUGUAUUGUACAGCCUGGAAGGGCAAAGAGGUUACUUUGUUUCUGCUGUAUAAUGGCACUGCAUGAAAACCACUUCUGUUGGUCAGAAUGCAUGCAAGAGUUUGAAGUGAACCGUUUUCUCAUCAUUCAGAUUAAGCUUCAACUGGGAGUGACUUAAAUGUGCCACUUACAAGAACAAAACAGCCAACUCGAUCCUUAUAGAGCUAAGCAGAGAUCAUUACCAGUUAUGUUACCAACCUUGUUUUUAUGCUGCAGUUGGUUCAAUUAUAAGCAUGUGUGUAUCUAAAACCUGCUCAGCUGGCCUCUCACAUCUUCAGGCUGUGACAACGAAGAGACCAAGGAACGAGCAGCAGGGGUGUUGACAAGCCCCUCUCAUCUCACAGUAGGUACAG